AGAUUCAUUCAUACACUUUGGCGAAUCUCUCUCUCUCUCUCUCUCUCUCUAAAGUGUCUGACUACUACUCUCUGCAACUGACGCUGUUCUUUCUCUUUAUCGCUCCUCACACUAUAAAUUGCUUCACUCACUUGUGCCAUUCCUACUCAUCCUCACCCACAAACUGCUUGCCAUACACCAUCCCCACCUCACCUCAAAUUUUAGCCUCAGCAUUCUAAAGGAUGUCCGGCCCAACGAACAGAAUCAGCCGUGACGUCACGAUCCGGGAGGUCUGGGCACACAACCUCCAUGGGGAGUUCGCUCGCAUCCGCGAGAUCGUUGACGAUUACCCCCACGUCGCCGUGGACGUCGAGUUCCCCGGCCUCGUCAUGCACCACGUCGGCGCCACCUUCAACAGCCCCGCCGACAACCACUACCAGAGUCUCCAAACCAACGUGGAACUCCUCAACGUCAUCCGGAUCACCAUCACCUUCUUCGACGAUGCCGGCGACCUCCCCUCCUCCCCCUCCGGCGGGGGCUGCCGCUGCGUCUGGCAGUUCAACUUCCGGGAGUUCGACGUCGAUGCUGACAUCGCGGACCCGGAUGCCGUCGAGAUCCUCCGCGGACGCGGUGUCGACUUUGUGAAGCUUCGGGAGCAAGGGAUCGACGGCCGUGACUUUGGCGAGCUCCUCAUGUCCUCUGGAGCCGUCCUCGAUGACUCGGUCGAGUGGAUCACCUCCGAUGGUGGGUAUGAUAUUGGCUUCCUCCUCAGAAUAUUGACGGGCCGCAUGCUCCCCGAGACGCUGGAAGAAUUCUUCGAGCUCGUCAACAUCUUCUUCCCGACUCUGUACGACGUCAAGCACCUGACCACAUUCUGUGAUGAUGAUCUCGACGGGGGGCUCGUCCAGGUCGCCGAACUGUUGGGCGUGGAGAACGUCGGACUCUGCCGCCAGGCGGGCUGUGACAGCUUGCUCACCACUCGCGUCUUUAGGAAGAUGAAAGAGAGGUACUUUGAUGGUGCAAUUGAGCAAUAUAGCGGGUCGCUGCACGGUCUCAAUCUCAAUAAAUGAGUACGAGGGAUUUCUUAAUUAGCAUAUGUAUCUAUGUUGUAUGAAAUAAAUUAACCUGAUCCGAGAUGUGCACGAUCUCUGGUUAAUUAGCACAUGAGGGAUUUCUUG